CGAAAAGAAAAAUCGAAAUAUAGGCGAUUUCGCAAAACAAAGAAAAAAAUGACACAAUUUGACCUCCAACCCAGUACCUUGUGGCAAUCGACCCGGCGGGUGCGUGUGGCCCGUUUUUCGCACCGGGUCAGAGUCAAAGUGGAUCAACCCGCGGGUCGACCCGGGUUGACAACCUUGGCACGUAUCAAAAGGGAAAUGUGAAAUCAUUUGGGCCUGAGCAUCAAAGCCCAACCGAGGCAAUCUUCUCGUUCAGCCAAAAACACCAAGUUAAGCCUUCACGCAAAUUCCUUUCGAUCAAACUUAACUGUUUACAUCUUUCUUCACUUGUUCUUGGGCCUGAGCAUCAAAGCCCAACUGAGGCAAUCUUCUUGUUCAGCCAAAAACACCAAGUUAAGCCUUCACGCAAAUUCCUUUCGAUCAAACUUAACUGUUUACAUCUUUCCUUCACUUGUUCUUGGCAAAAAGUAGUCGAAUAGGUUGUUGCAGGCGCUGGGUUCUCUAAAUCAAAGAAAAGAAGAGAAAAUUGUCUCGCUCUCGACGAACCAACACCUGCAAGACAGGUUUGGUAGUCAGGCAACAGGGUACCUAGCCGACAAGACAUACUUGGUACAAAGACAUGAAAUUUGACUAAGUCUGAAAACAAAACAGUCUUGGUAGCAAGGUAAUAGGGAACCAAGUCAACAAGACAGACUUGGUACUAAGACAUGAAAUUUGACAAAGUCUGAAGCAAAGAUGGUACCAAGCCGACAAAACAGGUUUGGUAGCCAGCCAACACGACAAGCUUGGUAGUGAGAUGUGAAAUAUAGUUAAGUAUGAAUACCAAGCCGCCAUGACCGGCUUGGUGGCCAGUCAACAGGGUACCAAGCCGGCAAGUCAACUAAGUGAUAAACCGACAAGAUGAAAUCAAGCCUCCGAGACUAAGUAAAGAGUCUUGGUGGAUAAAGAGGCUAAGUUCUCAUCCCAUCAAGAUGAGUAACAAGACCUAGCUAACGAGACGAUGAUAUCAAGCCGAAAAGGCGAGCUAGGUAACGAGAUGAAGAUUGAUACUAAGUAGACAUAAAAUAAGCUAGGUAUGGAAUCAUCAGAACUAUCAGGGUUAUUAAUAAAGCCCGAUAGGGGCCCAAUUUGAUAGACACAAAAUAAGGACGUACACUUCAACCCCAACCGAUCAAAACGAGGCGGCGAGAGGCCAUCAAAUACCAACCAAUCACCAAGACAGGACACAUUACUUCUAUUCCAACAACAUCUAAGUUAUUAUAAUUAGUUUAAUAAUGAGUCUCCAGCAAAGGUGAGUGGGGUGGCGAAGGGUCACAAGAGGAGCCUAAUACUAUGAACAGAAAGAUAACCCGAGAAGUGGGUCGGCAGUAGUAGUGCGAUUGGUGGUAGUGGUGGUGACAACAAUCCACAACAGACAGACACACAGAUCAAAAGUUCACGAGAUGGUGUUCAUGAAAUACGUACUGUAGAACGAAAGAAAGAAACAAAGCACUAUAUAUAUAGUUAUUAUUUUAGGAUAGAAAAUUCCCUGACUUCACGAAAGCUUGUGAGCGGCGGUGAGGAAGGAGGAGAUCAUGGAACCCACUCACUCACCGUUGUUAGUACUCUGCUUUUGCCCUCACAUGUAUAUUGUAGAAGAAGAGGCCAAAACGAAAGAGCCAAACCAACCAACCAACGGCACAAGACUUGGGGUUCCAUUCCCGCACUCAACAACAAAACACAAACUCACGAGCCUUUCUUUCCCAUUCCACUUUGUAAUCUUUAAGGGUUAUGGUAGGAUAUGAUGUCACAAAGUUUAGGUGAGUUCAAAUUCUAGAUAGUGUUUUCUUACUCAAAGUAUGUGAUACCCUCAAAUUUAUCCGUGUCAUGACUUUUUUUGCGGAUCGGAAAAAAUAGGAGGAACGAUAAAAGCAAGAAAUAACGAGACACACUGAUUUACGUGGUUCACUGAAACGAUGUGUGUUAGAUAGUCCAUGGGCAGGAGAGAGUCAGUUUCACUAUACUUCAUUGAGAUACAGACUGCAGAGGAGUACGAGAAGUAUUUAUUGUACUUCUCCAUGUGGUCUAACCCUGAUCCAAUAUGGUAAAGAAAAACGGUUACAAACCACACCCAAAACAGAAACCCUAAUAACAUCGAGUCCAUACACCGUGGAAGCAUCGCUCCCCCCGAACCUCCUGACCGGGGCAUUGCCCCUGGAAUCCACUCGUUGAAGUGACAUCCAGUCGUAGUCCGAUAAUCCGAAUCAAAUCAUACCAACAAUCCAAACUAUAGUCGAAUCAUCUAUAUAUACAUCCAUUCGUUUUUUUUAUGAUUAAUCCAUUGUGUGGGCGGUACAAAAAUUCAUGUGGAUGCACGGAAACCAUAACUAUCAUCAUCACAUAAUAGAUAACAAGAGUUGUGUAGAAGAAAAAUGGCCAUGCUUGGUAGGAAGGUAUGGGGCUAUGACCUUGAGGAGGAAUAAGUGGAAACUGAAAUGAUGAGUCGCGUCGCGUGCAAUUGUUUAUUGCCUUACUCUGGGUGGCUAUUAACCCGUGAAUAUGAAUACUUUCCAUAGUUGUAUGAAUAUUUUCCAUAGUUGAUAGGUUGAAGUUAAAGGGGAUGUAGUGGUCUCUAUUUUGAAAUAUUGAUAAAAUUUAAAAAUUAGAAUAGUCGGUAAGGAUUUAGGCCCUCCCUCCUCCAAUUACGGUAGUUCAAAUCAGUCUCAAUUGUGGGCAUCUGAUAUCCCUUGACCCAGUGAACGCGGAAAAUUGUUAUAUUGAUUAGGUAUGGGGUGGGUACGGAUAAAAUCCACCAAUUUUUGUUUUAUAAAAUGAGGCGGGUUUUGUUUUAGCCUCCCCGUUACAUACACAUACUCAUACCUGUCCUAUCAAGAUUAUUUUUUUAUACAUUAAACAUAUAGGAAUCAUAGUGUAGUCUUUCAAUGGCGAGAAUGAUAAUUAAAAAAAAAAAAGAGUUGAAAUGUAAUUGAGUAGCCACCCAAACUUAAAAUUCAUUUCUUUUUCUUAAUUCAUCCUUCACCCUUUCACUUCUUUCCUUUUUGUUAAACAAUAUUAUUUUAGUUAUCAAUGGCUUAUUACAUGUGUCUGAGUCGGAAUGAUUUUAUAUUUUAUCGAUUUUAUGAUUUAUUAUGUCCAUUAAGUGUUAUAGUUGAAAAUAUACAUGUGUUGAUUCUAGGUAUAGUAAUAACACGGGGCGGGAAUUCUCUCUGACUACCCGAAAACUGGGAAUAUGGGGAUGAAUACAAAUUUUUUAUAUUUGAAAAUGAGUAGAGAUUAGAGAAUGAUUGAGGAUAAUCCACCUAAAACCACUCUCAUUGCCGUGCAAGCACGCAAUAUUGGCUAUCAACAUUCCUUUGAACUGUUUUUCUUAUGUAUGUAUGCAACGAAGCAAAGAAAUGUCAUUCCGGGGUGUUGCUUUUACUUGUGAAGGUCUACCACAACAACAAAAAUGGCUGAUGAGAUUACCAAAAAAUAAAGACCAAAAUGUAUUUGUAUCUGCCCACUUGCAAGUUGCAACCCUUUUUGUCCAUUCUUCUUUCCUUCCCACUCCUCUAUAAAUAACAAAAAACCGUUUCCUUCCACAUCUGCACUUAACUUAUACAGAAACACUAGAGCAUAAUCCCAAACCAUGGAUUCACUUCCCAUCAAAUUUCAAGUGAAGAAGAAUGGAGUAUGGAUCCUGCUACUACUGGCGGCUUUAAUGGCGGCAUCAACGGAGAGCAGAAAAGCAAAGGUAGUCGACUCCUUCGAGUACAUUGCGAUGAGCUGCAGAGCCCACAGCGCUUCCAUAACAGAGUUCGGAGCAGUCGGGGACGGCAAAACUUCCAACACCAAGGCGUUCAAGGACGCCGUGGAUCACCUCGGCCAAUUCUCGUCGGACGGCGGGUCCCAGCUCUAUGUCCCCGCCGGGAAAUGGCUCACCGGCAGCUUCAGCCUCGUCAGCCACUUCACUCUGUUUCUCCAUCAGGACGCCGUUCUUCUUGCCUCCCAGGAUAUUAAUGAAUGGCCGGUGCUGAAAGCUCUGCCGUCGUACGGCAGAGGAAGGGAUGCCGCCGGCGGGAGAUUUGCGAGCCUGAUAUUUGGGACCAACCUCACGGACGUCAUUAUUACAGGGGAGAAUGGAACGAUCGACGGGCAGGGAGCAUUCUGGUGGCAGCAAUUCCAUAAGGGCAAGCUCAAGUACACCCGCCCGUACUUGAUCGAGCUGAUGUUCUCCGAUGGCAUCCAGAUCUCCAAUCUCACGCUCCUCAAUUCGCCUUCGUGGAACGUCCAUCCGGUUUACAGCAGCAAUAUCUUGGUGAAAGGUAUCACAAUCUUAGCUCCCGUGACCUCACCAAACACCGAUGGCAUUAACCCAGACUCUUGCACGAACACCAGAAUCGAGGACUGCUACAUCGUCUCCGGCGACGACUGCGUGGCCGUGAAGAGCGGAUGGGACGAAUACGGCAUCGCAUUCGGGAUGCCGACCAAGCAGCUCAUCAUCAGGCGCCUCACCUGCAUCUCGCCGUACAGCGCCACCAUCGCCCUCGGCAGCGAGAUGUCCGGCGGGAUCCAGGACGUCCGGGCGGAGGACAUCACCGCCGUCCACACCGAGUCCGGCGUCAGGAUCAAGACCGCCGUCGGCCGGGGAGGCUUCGUGAAGGACAUCUACGUGAGGAGGAUGACGAUGCACACCAUGAAGUGGGCCUUCUGGAUGACCGGAAACUACGGGUCCCACGCCGACAAGAACUACGACCCCAACGCCCUCCCCGUCAUCCAGAACAUCAAUUACAGGGACAUGGCCGCCGACAACGUCUCCAUGGCGGCCCGGCUGGAAGGAAUCGCCGGCGACCCGUUCACACAGAUCUGCAUCUCCAACGUCACCAUCGGGAUGGCGGCCAAGGCGAAGAAGGUGCCCUGGACUUGUUCUGAUGUGGGCGGGAUCACGGCCGGGGUGAGCCCCCGGCCGUGUGAUCUGUUGCCGGAGCAAGGACCGGGGAAAAUGGAGGAGGGCUGUGAUUUCCCCACCGAGACUUUGCCGAUUGAUUCAGUGGAGCUCAAGACGUGCUCUUAUAAGAUUAAUUACUAAAGUGAUAAGCAUAGUUUUGUUCAAGUAUCGUAUCGAAGCUGUAGCUUAUUCUGCACUCUGCAGUUUGUAUUAAGAGUAGCAGAGUUUGUAUUAAGAGUAGCAGAUAUGCUUAACAGAAAAAGGGAGAGAAAUGAAAGUCCUGAGAAUAU